AGCUGAGAGUUUGCACUCACACCGACUCCACCACGUUGUCUCUGGUCGCUGCCACAAAAGAACGAUCUUUGAAACCCUGAAGUUUUGAUCAUCUGUGCAAAGCAUUUUGCUUAGCUUUUGCAGCUGCCCCAGGAAACAUGGAAAAACUAGCAGAGCUGAAGUACAUGUCAGGAUUUGGCAAUGAGCACAGCUCAGAAGAUCCGCGCUGCCCUGGAGCCUUGCCAGAAGGACAGAAUAACCCUCAGGUCUGUCCGUAUGGUCUGUAUGCGGAACAGCUCUCCGGCUCAGCAUUCACCUGCCCACGGUCCACCAACAGGAGAAGCUGGCUGUACAGAAUUCUUCCUUCCGUGUGCCACAAGCCCUUUCAGCCAAUGGCUCAGGGUUACCUGACCCACGACUGGGAUGAAACUGAACCUGAACCCAAUCAGCUGAGAUGGAAGCCUUUUGAGAUACCACCAACCUCUCAGAGAAAGCUGGACUUUAUAAAUGGAUUGCACACUUUGUGUGGUGCAGGGGAGCCCAGGUCUCGGAAUGGGCUUGCAAUCCAUGUCUUCACCUGUAACACAUCCAUGAUCAACAGAUGUUUUUAUAAUUCUGACGGGGACUUUCUGAUUGUACCACAGCAAGGAAAACUUCUCAUCACAACAGAGUUUGGCAGAUUAUUGGUGGAGCCCAAUGAAAUUUGUGUCAUUCAGCAAGGGAUGCGUUUUAGCGUGGACGUGUUUGGGGAAACCCGAGGGUAUAUCCUGGAAAUAUAUGGCGUACAUUUUGAGCUGCCUGACCUUGGUCCUAUUGGAGCCAAUGGUUUGGCUAAUCCACGAGAUUUCCUUGUUCCAGUUGCCUGGUAUGAAGAUCGCCAAGUAACUGAGGGUUACACAGUUGUCAACAAGUACCAAGGGAAACUCUUUGCAGCACAGCAGAACUGCUCUCCAUUCAAUGUUGUGGCCUGGCAUGGGAACUACACACCAUACAAGUAUAAUCUCAGCAAUUUUAUGGUCAUAAAUUCUGUGGCAUUUGAUCAUGCGGAUCCUUCUAUCUUUACUGUUUUGACUGCAAAGUCAGCUCGUCCUGGUGUGGCAAUUGCUGAUUUUGUUAUAUUCCCACCCCGCUGGGCAGUAGCCAGCAACACUUUCCGUCCACCUUAUUACCACAGAAACUGCAUGAGUGAGUUUAUGGGCCUGAUCAAAGGGACUUACGAGGCAAAGGAGCAGGGCUUUCUACCUGGAGGGGCCAGUCUGCACAGCAUGAUGACACCCCAUGGACCAGAUGCUGAAUGUUUUGAGAAGGCAAGCACAGGAAAGCUGAAGGCUGAGAAAAUUGCAGAGGGAACUAUGAGCUUCAUGUUUGAGACUUCUUUGAGCUUGGCUGUCACCAAAUGGGGCCUAAAAGCGUGCCUAGAUGAGAACUACCACAAAUGCUGGGAGCCUCUCAAGAGUCAUUUCAAUGGCAAGCGCAACUGAAGGGUCUAAAUGUGCACAAAGGCAUAUGCGUGCUCAGCUUUUGUAGUUGUUGUUUUUGAGUUUAGCUAAAGGAGGUUAAGGGUCUAUCUUGACUGCUAGCACAUAUAACUAUGUAACAGAAAGAGUGACUGGUACAGUAA